UGAAGACUACAAGUACCAACUACGACGGUUAAGCGUUCGUGUACCGUUCGAUUUGUUUUGGUCAAGGCAGACUGAGCUUUGUCACUGGGAGCAAAUGUCCUCCGCCAUACUCUAAUCUGGUGGUUACACAUUUUGGACUCAUUAACGGAACUCCUCCUCCGACGUCUGUGUUCCGCCACCCCCUUUCAGGGCCGUUGCCUGUCUUGUAUCUCCGUUAUCGGACCCAGUAACCUGGCCUGCUAGUUAGCAAUACAAGCUAACGAUUGCAAAAUAUCACCCAUGUCCACUGAAGAAGGGCUGAGCUCAACGAUCACGGAUUGGCUUUUCAUCAAUUCUUGGUGGCUUCUUCUGCCAUUUGUCAUGCUGCUCGUGGUCGCCGCCUUCAUUGUGGCGUUUGUGUUGCUGUUGUACAUGAUAUCGCCUCUUAUAAGUCCCAAACCUCUGAAACUGAACGGGGCCCACGUCGUGGUGACUGGAGGUUCAAGUGGUAUUGGGAAAUGCAUUGCAAUUGAAUGCUACAGGCAAGGAGCAUUCAUCACUUUGGUGGCACGGGAUGAGGCUAAAUUGCUUCAAGCAAAGAAAGAGUUGGAGAAGUUUGCCAUCAAUGACAAACAGGUGGUGCUCUGCAUAUCAGUGGAUAUUUCCAGUGAAUAUAGCCAGGUGGAAAGUGUAAUAAAGCAGGCUCAAGAGAAGCUGGGGCCUGUUGAUAUGUUGGUCAACUGUGCUGGGAUGGCCGUUUCUGGAAGGUUUGAAGAAAUGGAAGUGGACCGUUUUAAAAAACUGAUGGAAGUGAACUACCUGGGCAGCGUUUACCCAACACGAGCCGUCAUAACCACCAUGAAGGAGCGGCGAAUGGGCCGCAUCAUGUUUGUGUCCUCCCAAGCAGGCCAGAUCGGCUUGUUUGGAUACACCGCCUACUCCCCAUCCAAGUUUGCCCUGCGUGGCUUAGCCGAAUCGCUGCAGAUGGAGAUAAAGCCAUACAAUAUCUAUGUGACGUUGGCCUUCCCCCCCGACACUGACACUCCAGGAUUGGCUGAGGAAAACAAAAACAAGCCCCUUGAGACCAAAUUGAUCUCGGAAACCUCUGGAGUUUGUCAACCGGACCAAGUGGCCAAAAUCGUUGUCCGUGACGCAGUGCAGGGGAACUUCAACAGCUCAGUGGGACCCGACGGUUACAUGCUGUCCGCCCUCACCUGUGGAAUGUCCCCGGUCACCUCCAUCACGGAGGGUCUCCAGCAGAUCGUUACCAUGGGCUUAUUUCGGACCAUCGCCCUCUUCUACCUGGGGAGUUUUGACAGCAUCGUGCGCCGCUGCAUGAUUCAGCGGGAACAGUCGAAAGCAGCUAAUAAGAGGGAGUGACGGCAGCCCGAUGGCCGUUCUCCCACCCCACUCCCUCCCCCAGCAGUACAAAUGCCCAACUAUAGGUGGGAGAAAAAAGGCUGAGCUUUCGGUGCAUUUCAGAUAUCAAAAGAUGUUUACUUGUUGCUUGUUCGGUGACAUAAUUCCUCUAUAGACUCGGGUCAUGUCGUAUAUUAUUUUAGUCCACUCAGAGCAUUCCAGUGACUUUUCAGUUUCAACGUGUGCACCUGCUUCGUUUCGUGGAGGCCGCUUCACAUUAAGAGAAUGGGGGCAGAGCUAACGUCCCACCGUCUGGUUUUAGAGUAGGCAGGCUUUGUGAACCACCGACUAGAUGUCAGGCCUCUGCUUGCACAGUGCCGUUUUUGUUUGUUUUUUGCACCGAGAGGAAACGCUCCAGAUAGCCUGUCUGACCGGUUGUGCAAACGACAAAAUGGCUUUAAAGUCGCUCCCCACCAGGGGCUACAGUGAAAACCUGAAUAGUAAACUAGCUUUUGUCAUUUUUUUUUCUCCAUGUAUCUCAAAACCAGGUCCACCGUGAUUUUUAGUUUUAACAUAUAAAUGGCCCUUCCUCUCUACCUUUUCAUACAGAGUCUUUGCUGGCAAAGCACCGAACUUUUUGAAAUGAACAACCUCUCUGUUGUGGAAUGUUUAGAUUGUUUGUGCUCUUUGAGAAAACCAAGCGUAGAUGUGAGACCGUAAUCCGCAGCGAUAUCCAAGGUGAAGCAUUUAGAUUUUUCUUUUUCAAUUUUAUUUUACUAAUGCAAAAACACAAUUUACAGAAAAGAAUAUUUUUGAAUGUGUGUUUUGCUGUGACUGAGCUAAACCCCUGAGCACAGCAAAGCCAUUAGAUUUGUAUUAUCUCGGGAUUUAAAUCAACAAAAUGACUUUCUCUGCAUCCCGUCUUGUUUUAACUGAAAGCAGGUAUUGUGGGGUCUGAAGCCAUGAAAUCUAAGGGAGACAAACAUAUUAUUUCUAACAUGCAGUU